CCGGCUCCGGCGCCGUCCCCCCUCCCCGGCCGGGCGCCGCGGCCCUGGCAUGAGGAGCGGGCGAUGAUCCCGGCCAACGCCUCCGCCAGGAAGGGGCCCGAGGGCAAGUACCCGCUGCACUACCUCGUGUGGCACAACCGCCACCGCGAGCUGGAGAAGGAGGUCCGCGCCGGCCAGGUGGACAUCGAGCAGCUGGAUCCCCGCGGGCGGACCCCCCUGCACCUGGCCACCACACUGGGACACCUCGAGUGUGCCCGUGUGCUGCUUGCACACGGCGCAGAUGUGGGCAGGGAGAACCGCAGUGGCUGGACAGUGCUUCAGGAGGCUGUGAGCACCCGGGACCUGGAGCUGGUGCAGCUGGUGCUGCGGUACCGGGACUACCAGCGCGUGGUGAAGCGCUUGGCGGGCAUCCCUGUGCUCCUGGAGAAGCUGCGCAAGGCCCAGGACUUCUACGUGGAGAUGAAAUGGGAGUUCACUAGCUGGGUGCCCUUGGUGUCCAAGAUCUGCCCCAGCGACACAUACAAAGUGUGGAAGAGUGGGCAGAACCUACGGGUCGAUACCACGCUCUUGGGCUUUGACCACAUGACGUGGCAGCGAGGGAACCGCAGCUUCGUCUUCAGGGGCCAAGACACGAGCGCCGUGGUCAUGGAGAUUGACCAUGACCGCCGGGUGGUGUACACGGAGACCCUGGCCCUGGCCGGACAGGACCGUGAGCUGCUGCUCGCUGCCGCCCAGCCCACUGAGGAGCAGGUGCUCAGCCGGCUCACAGCCCCCGUCGUCACCACACAGCUUGACACCAAGAACAUCUCCUUCGAGAGGAACAAGACUGGCAUCCUGGGCUGGCGCAGUGAGAAGACAGAGAUGGUGAACGGGUAUGAAGCCAAGGUGUAUGGGGCAUCCAACGUGGAGCUCAUCACCCGGACGCGGACGGAGCAUCUUUCAGAACAGCACAAGGGCAAGGUCAAAGGCUGUAAGACACCUCUGCAGUCCUUCCUGGGAAUUGCUGAGCAGCAUGGGGGUCCCCAAAAUGGGACCCUGAUCACUCAGACUCUGAGCCAAGCCAACCCCACUGCCAUCACUGCAGAAGAGUACUUCAACCCCAACUUUGAGCUUGGCAACCGGGACAUGGGCCGCCCCAUGGAACUCACCACCAAGACCCAGAAGUUCAAGGCCAAGCUGUGGCUGUGUGAGGAGCAUCCCCUGUCCCUGUGUGAGCAGGUGGCUCCCAUCAUUGACCUCAUGGCUGUCAGUAAUGCGCUUUUCGCCAAGCUCCGGGAUUUCAUUACCCUCCGCCUGCCACCUGGUUUCCCAGUCAAGAUUGAAAUCCCAAUCUUCCACAUCCUCAAUGCUCGCAUCACCUUUGGGAACCUCAAUGGCUGUGAUGAGCCCGUGCCGUCCGUGCGAGGCAGCCCCAGCAGUGAGACCCCUUCCCCAGGCAGCGACUCGUCCAGCGUCAGCAGCUCCAGUUCCACCACCUCGUGCCGCGGCUGCGAGAUCUCCCCCGCAUUGUUCGAGGCCCCACGCGGCUACAGUGUGCUGGGCGGCCAGCGGGAGGCAGCGACCCGCGACGACGACGAUGACCUGCUGCAGUUCGCCAUCCAGCAGAGCCUGCUAGAGGCAGGCAGUGAGUAUGACCAGGUCACUAUCUGGGAGGCGCUAACUAACAGCAAGCCGGGCACUCACCCCAUGUCCUACGAGGCUCGCCGACAGGACAGGAUGGGGACGAGGCCUCCUCUGUCCUGGGGCCGCCACGCUGUCUCCCGGCCCCGCUUAUGGGCAGGUACGCCCCGGGACCCUCGACGUAUCUUACCCGCCCCCAGGAGCGCCCCGCCGACGCCGCAGCGCCAGCCCGGGCCCCCCGCCUCGGUGCCCAGCCCCCGGCCCAGCCCGCGCCCGGGCCCGGGCGGCCACGUGUUCCAGAGCUACGACGAGCAGUUGCGGCUGGCCAUGGAGCUGUCUGCGCAGGAGCAGGAGGAGCGGCGGCGGCGCGCGCGCCAGGAGGAGGAGGAGCUGGAGCGUAUCCUACGGCUCUCGCUGACCGAGCAGUAGCGCCCUCUGCAGGGCCCAUCGGCGCUGCCCCGCGUAACCCGCCCGGGAGCCGAACCCGCCCGGGAGCCGGACUCGCCCGGGCCCGCGUGCCCGCCCGGCUGCGGCCAUAGACUAGAGCCGAGGCCUGCGGGCCGGAGAGGCGCCCCUGGCACAGGACCGGGAGGGCCUCGGCGCGUCCGCGGGAUGCCUGUCGCGGCCAGGGCCCUGGAGGCAGCUCGCACGCCCCGGUCCCCCUGCUUUGCUGUAUCCUGAUGCCCACCACUCUAUCUUGGGCUCAGACUUGUCCGAGGGGGUCAGGCCGUCCUGAAGGGGAGCCGGGUCCUCAGAGGAGCAGUGUCCCCCAACCCUCGCUCCUUCUGGCCAGUCCUCCUUUUCUGCUCACAGAACCCACUGUAGGACACUGUCCGUGAAGCCUUUGCAUCUCCGCUCUUCACCCCAGGGGGGCAGCUGAGCUCCCCACGUGCUGUGUUGCUGCUUUGUCCCAGACACAAACCAGCACGUCAAGGGCCCAGCUCCUCCUUCACCCCGGCAUUUCAGCGUCAAGUGCACUUAGCGGGGUGCCCGGCUUCCCCAGCCCCCCCCCCCUCCCGGGUCUCAGGGUGGUCCCAGUUUCUCCUUGGGUGGCCAGAGGUUGGCGUUCCCAUCCCCAAGGCACGCUUUUGUGAUCAGGGAGGGUGCCCAAGGUGGGCCCCCGGGCCUGGGCAAGGCCUGGUUCCUUCAUGAUGUCUUGGCAAAUGGGGGACAAUAUUUGCGCUGGGGGCGAGCACUAGACCCUGUCCCCUGGCCCUGCUUAUGGGCAGGUGCACCCUGAAGCCCUCUCACUGGCUCAGGGCCCUGGCACCACCACCCACCCCUUCCCACCAGCUGCUGCUAGCCCUCUGUGGUCGUGUGUCCCACCUGCCCCCAGCCAGGGGCUGACUCUCAAACCCUUCAUCCAAUGGUGCUAACCCCCGGCUCUCCCCUGCCCCACCCCACCCACCCAGAGAAGCACAGACCCCGCUAGGGGCAGGGGCCCACUGCACACCCUUGUCCGCCUUCUCUCAGGCUGGCCUUCCUGGCUCAGCCAGUGAGGCUCAGGAGGGACACAAAAGGGAUAGAAGAAAAGAACAAAGAGAAACUGUUCCUCUCACCUCCUUCCCUGAUGUCAGGGGCACCAGACUGACUCUGAGGCACAAAUAAAAGAGGCUUCAAACCCGA